AGCAGCAGAGAAACUACAUGAGUGCUGAGGUGUUUGGUAUACAGUACAGGAAACUAAGUUUAAUUUAUUCUCACAACGUCAAGUACGCUUUUCAUCUUAAAUCACAAAUCACUAGUUUCAGUAACAUUAAUACGGGAAAUUAUGCAAUCUAAACUGCGGUGGGUAUUGUUGGUUUUGAUCUUAACAGUCCUACACGCAAGAGCACAGGACGGUGAAGAAGAAGAAGACAAAGAUGAUGUUUUGAAACGCUGUUAUGAAAAGUAUGGAUGUUUCUCAAUCGGAGAGCCCUUCCUUUCUGUUUAUCGUCCAAUCAAUAUGUUUCCUUAUCCUCCUGAUGCCAUCAAUGUCCGUUUUCUUUUAACGUCUAGGGAGAAUCCUAACCGCUUCCAGAGAAUAAACAUGGAUGACACUUCCAAGUCAGAUUUGGAUCCUGAUAAGCCACUAAAGGUGCUGGUGCAUGACUAUCUGGAAGAUGUUAAUCACCCGUGGUUGUUGCAAAUGAUACAAGAAUUGCUCACUCAGGACGAUUACAAUAUCAUCUCCGUGGACUGGUCACGAGGUGCCACUUCCUCCUACACUCAGACAGUGGCUAAUGCUCGCAUGGUUGGUGCUAUUAUAGCGGAGUUCUUGAAAAACUUGGAAGUGGCUCCUACAAAUAUGCACAUUAUAGGCCACGGCGUAGGAGCACAUAUUGCUGGUUAUACAGGAGAAAGAGUUCCAGGUUUGGGUAGAAUAACGGGACUCGAUCCUGCUGAACCGUACUUUCAAAAAACCGAUCCAAAAGUUCACCUUGAUCCUUCAGACGCUGAGUUUGUUGACGUCAUCCAUACUAAUGACGAAAACUUCAUUGUGAACGGUAGAGAAAUCGAUCAGGUGGAACCAAGUGGUCAUCUAGACUUUUAUCCAAACGGGGGCAAGAAGCCAAGUGGUUGUAGCAACACCAUUGGCAGAGGCCAGUUUGACAGCUGCGAAACCGUUCCGUCUUGGCAGCUUUUCACGGAAUCUAUUAACACCGAUUGUCCGUUCUUCGGCUACGUCUGUGACAGUUUCACGAACUUCACGUCUGCCAAGUGUACGGAUGGUUGUGGUGACGGCUCUCUCUGUGCACCGUUAGGGUUCAGAGCCGGCAAUUGGCAGCAGUACAAGAAAGCAGAACCUGUCAAGAUGUAUUUGUCGACUGGCAAGAGUACACCAGCGUGUCGCUAUCAUUAUCACGUGAAAGCCAAGAUUGCUGAGCAAAAGACGGACGACAAGGACGACAAAGCAGGUCCAUUCCGAGGAUUCAUGACUCUUCGAAUUGCAGGUUCACAAAAGAAGACACUCCCAUUUCAGACCACGUCAGUACCUGUACUGUUCUCGCCUGAGAAAGAGGUUCAGUUUUUGCUUAGUUCGAAAGAUCUUGGAAGUAUUAACCGUAUUGAUGCUAAAUGGAAACCGGUGAAUACGCCUUUUGGCGAUUUCCACGUCAAUAGGCAAAGCGGCUUCAGUCCUUUUAAUGUCGAACCCCCAGCACUUCCGGUAGAAAAGUUUGAAGUAAAUAACUUGGAAAAUGGAAUCAGGGAAGUGUUUUGCCCACCUGGAGAACCAGAUCUUUAUCCAAAUGAAGUGAAACCUUUUUUUAAGGGUGGAGAGUGUGCAUAAUUCCGAAAAUAAUAAAAUAAAAUAUACAAACAAAAUUGAUGCUCUGUUUAAAAAAAUGAUUGAACUUCUUAAAAGUAGUUGCAAAAAGU